GUGCAUUGGGAAUACAAGACUAUACAUAUCAAAUAGAUGAAUGUGAAAAAAUUAAUUAUCAUACUACUAUCUGGGUAAACCAUUUAAAACGAGUAGAGCGUACUGCUGAUAAUGAAAUAAAUUUACGCAGAGUUCAGAAUUGGUUAAAAAAUCUUGAAGACAAUCUUUUACAAGCUGAAAGAAUAAUAACUGAGCUAGAAAACUUAUCUCCCAAAGAGGUUCGCCGAUUAUUAGAAAAAGAACAUGAGAAAACUUUAAAGGCUAUAGGUCUUGCUAAUACUGUGGAAAAAAGAGUUCAAGAAUUAACACGAGUUAUAUAUGGUAGAAGUCCUUCUCCUCCUCCUAAAAUAUCAAGUUCUCAUUUAGAAUUUGAUGAUGAGAUUUUAG